AUUCUCCGCCGGCUUUUGUCUCAUCCUGGCCGCCGGGGAUGCGCUGAGCUCCGGGCGCACGUUGCUCCGCCGCUUCGGGGAAGGAGGACGGGGGAAGGAGCCGGCGGCAGCCAGCGGAGACAGAGUGAUGAGCUACAACAGCGCCAAAGAUGCUGGGAUUCGGCACGUGCUCCGUCAGCGCCCCGGUGCCGGGCAGGGGGGCUGAGCUGGAUGCUGCUUCCCCCCGUUAUGUCCUGGCCCUGCCCGAGGAGGAGACGUGGCGCAAGCACCGGCUGGGCCUGAUGCAAACCACCCAGUCCUGCAACCUGCUGGAGCCUGAGAGCCUGGCCGAGGCCCUGGUCUCGCGCGCCGCCAGCUUCGAUGCCCUCUACGAGCCCCGGUCCCGGGAUGCCGAUGCCAGCACGGAGAUGGGCAGCGCCUUCGACCUGGGGCUCGGCCAGUACGUCCCUGUGAGCCCGGACGUUAUCAAGCGCCGGCGGGGGGGGCUGAUCGAGCAGAGGGACAUCAUCAAGGCGCACGAGGCGCACAAGAUGCAGAGCACGCCGCAGGCGCGGAGGAAGGAGUGGGAGAUGGCUCGUUUUGGGGAGGCGGUGGCCGGCAGGCUGGGCUCCGGAGAUGGGGGCUCCGAUCAGAACAGGAGCCGGCAAGGACCUCCUGCCCCUGCGGGAGGGACCCCAGGAGCCUUCAAGCAAACCAAAGCGCAGAGAGCCCGGACUAUGGCUCUGUACAACCCUAUCCCCGUCCGGCAGAACUGCUUCACCGUCAACAGAUCGCUCUUCCUCUUUGGGGAAGAGAACAUAGUCAGGAAAUAUGCCAAGAAGCUCAUCGACUGGCCUCCCUUCGAGUACAUGAUCCUGGCGACCAUCAUUGCCAACUGCAUCGUGCUGGCCCUUGAGCAGCACCUCCCCGAGGACGACAAGACGCCCAUGUCACGGAGAUUAGAGAAGACGGAGCCCUACUUCAUCGGGAUUUUCUGCUUCGAGGCUGGGAUUAAGAUCGUGGCUCUGGGAUUCGUUUUCCACAAGGGUUCGUACCUGCGCAAUGGCUGGAACGUCAUGGACUUCAUCGUGGUCCUUAGUGGCAUCCUUGCCACCGCUGGGACACACUUCAACACCCACGUGGACCUGCGGACUCUGCGGGCCGUGCGUGUGCUCAGACCUCUGAAGCUUGUCUCAGGCAUUCCCAGUCUGCAGAUUGUGCUGAAAUCCAUCAUGAAGGCCAUGGUGCCUCUCCUCCAGAUUGGCUUGCUGCUCUUUUUUGCUAUUCUCAUGUUUGCCAUCAUCGGCCUGGAGUUCUACAGCGGGAAGCUGCACCGCGCCUGCUACACAAACAAUUCAGGUGAACUAGAGGAGCUGGACCCCCCCCAUCCAUGCGGGGUGCAGGGUUGCCCCCCAGGCUACGAAUGCCGGGAGUGGAUCGGUCCCAACGACGGGAUCACGCAGUUUGACAACAUCCUCUUUGCUGUGUUGACCGUCUUCCAGUGCAUCACCAUGGAAGGGUGGACCACAGUCCUGUACAACACCAAUGAUGCCUUAGGAGCCACGUGGAACUGGCUGUACUUCAUCCCCCUCAUCAUCAUUGGAUCCUUCUUUGUGCUCAACCUUGUCCUGGGAGUGCUGUCGGGGGAGUUUGCCAAAGAGCGUGAGCGAGUGGAGAACCGCCGAGCCUUCAUGAAGCUGCGGCGCCAGCAGCAGAUCGAGCGGGAGCUCAAUGGCUACCGGGCCUGGAUAGACAAAGCGGAGGAAGUCAUGCUGGCUGAAGAGAACAAAAAUUCUGGGACCUCAGCCUUAGAAGUGCUCAGGCGAGCCACCAUCAAAAGGAACCGGACAGACGCCAUGAACCGUGACUCGAGCGAUGAGCACUGCGUCGAUAUCUCCUCCGUGGGUGAGAGGAGGUUGGCACAGAGAAGACCUCUUCAUCCAACCUUGGGAAACCCCUUGAGUCACUCUGGCCUCAAAGGUGCCAGAGUGGAUGGUGCCUCGUACUUACGGCACAAGGAGCGACUCCUGCGCAUCUCCGUUCGCCACAUGGUGAAAUCCCAGGUCUUCUACUGGAUCGUCUUGAGCUUGGUGGCUCUCAAUACUGCCUGUGUUGCCAUCGUCCAUCACAACCAGCCAGCCUGGCUCACCCACUUCCUCUACUAUGCAGAGUUUCUGUUUCUUGGACUCUUCCUCCUGGAGAUGUCCUUAAAGAUGUAUGGGAUGGGGCCGCGCCUUUACUUCCAUUCUUCCUUCAACUGCUUCGACUGUGGGGUCACGGUGGGAAGCAUCUUCGAAGUGGUUUGGGCUAUCUUCAGACCAGGAACCUCUUUUGGGAUUAGUGUCCUACGAGCCCUUCGUCUCCUGCGAAUAUUUAAAAUAACCAAGUACUGGGCAUCCCUGAGGAAUUUGGUGGUCUCACUGAUGAGCUCCAUGAAGUCUAUCAUCAGCCUGCUCUUCCUCCUCUUCCUCUUCAUUGUAGUCUUUGCCCUGCUGGGAAUGCAGCUGUUUGGAGGCAGGUUUAACUUCAUCGAUGGGACGCCAUCAGCCAACUUCGACACUUUCCCUGCAGCCAUCAUGACAGUGUUCCAGAUCCUGACAGGUGAGGACUGGAAUGAGGUGAUGUACAACGGCAUCCGCUCCCAGGGAGGCGUUCGCUCAGGCAUGUGGUCCUCCAUCUAUUUCAUCGUCCUCACCUUGUUUGGAAACUAUACUCUGCUGAAUGUGUUCUUGGCCAUCGCAGUGGACAACCUGGCCAACGCUCAGGAACUCACCAAGGAUGAGCAGGAGGAAGAGGAGGCCUUUAACCAGAAGCACGCCCUUCAGAAAGCCAAAGAAGUCAGCCCCAUGUCCGCCCCAAACAUGCCUGCUAUCGAAAGAGACAGGCGAAGGAGACACCACAUGUCGAUGUGGGAGCCGCGCAGCAGCCACCUGCGGGAGCGUCGCCGGCGGCACCACAUGUCGGUGUGGGAGCAGCGCACCAGCCAGCUGCGCCGGCACAUGCAGAUGUCCAGCCAGGAGGGCAUCAACAAGGACGAGCCGCACCUCAUCAACCCCCACGCCAGCAUCUUCCGCAGGAAGAAACCGGGGGACGGCGUCACCCUGGAGAAAUGCACUGAGGAGCAGGGUGGCAAGGGUGAGCGGCCACCAGCCGAGGGACCUGAGCAGCCAGCCCCGGGGGCCAACCCCAGCGGUGGUGAGGACAGAAGGAGCCCAUCGCCCCGGGCCAGGCGGGACAAGGAGUCGUGGCACCAGAAAUCGUGCCAUGGGAACUGUGAGCCGGGCGAGCAGGAUGGAGCAGGAGGCAGCAUCGAGGACAGGGCCAGGAUGAGGCAGAGUCAGCGGCGCAGCCGGCACCGCAGAGCCCGGAUGGAGGGGAAGGAGCCGUCUGGUGCCCUGGGGAGCCGCUCAGCCAGCCAGGAGCUGGGCCUGGAGGAGACCAGCCCCACGGAGGGGGCGCAGGAUGGGGACCGGCACGGGGAUGCAGCUGCAGCGGAGGCGCUGAUUCAGGGGGAGCCAGAGGCAAGCGAGGAGCCCGUCAGGACAAAUGGGGUCCCUGCUGGCGAUGCCGAGCUGGUCGGGACCGCCGAGGAGGGGAGCUCCCCGCAAGCAGCACCUGAGCCCCCCCGGGGGAAGACGGGCAGCCUGACGGAGCAGGACUGCAGCAGCCCGGACACCAGCGAGCAAGCGCUGCUGGAGGCCAGUCGUACCGUCAGCCGGAGCGAGCCCGACCUCUCCUCCAUCACCCCCAACACUGAGAAGGCCACGGAGAGCACCACCAUCAUGAUCGAUGUCCCCGACUCCACUGUGGUACAGAUUAGCAACAAGACAGAUGGCGAAGCCAGCCCCUUAAAGGAGGCCGAGAGCAAAGAGGAUGAGGAGGAGAUGGAGAAGAAGAAGCGGAAGAAGGAGAAAAGCGAGACGGGGAAAGCGAUGGUGCCGCACAGCUCCAUGUUCAUCUUCAGCACCACCAACCCGGUGCGGAGGGCUUGCCACUACAUCGUGAACCUGCGCUACUUCGAGAUGUGCAUCCUCCUGGUGAUCGCCGCCAGCAGCAUCGCCCUCGCGGCGGAGGAUCCCGUCCUCACCAACUCCGACCGCAACAAAGUCCUGAGGUAUUUCGACUACGUCUUCACCGGCGUCUUCACCUUCGAGAUGGUUAUCAAGAUGAUCGAUCAGGGCUUGAUCCUGCAGGAUGGCUCCUACUUCCGAGACCUCUGGAACAUCCUGGAUUUCAUCGUGGUGGUGGGAGCGCUGGUGGCUUUCGCCUUGGCGAAUGCUUUGGGGACCAACAAGGGCCGAGAUAUCAAGACCAUCAAGUCUCUCCGUGUGCUACGGGUCUUGAGGCCCCUGAAAACCAUCAAGCGACUGCCCAAGCUGAAGGCCGUCUUCGACUGCGUUGUGACUUCCCUCAAGAACGUCUUCAACAUCCUAAUCGUCUAUAAGCUCUUCAUGUUCAUCUUUGCUGUCAUUGCUGUCCAGCUCUUCAAGGGGAAGUUUUUCUACUGCACUGACAGCUCUAAGGACACAGAGAAGGACUGCAUAGGGAACUACGUGGACCACGAGAAGAACAAGAUGGAAGUGAAGUGCCGGGAAUGGAAACGCCACGAGUUUCACUAUGACAAUAUCAUCUGGGCUUUGCUCACCCUCUUCACAGUCUCCACCGGCGAGGGUUGGCCCCAGGUGCUGCAGCAUUCAGUGGACGUGACGGAGGAGGACCGUGGGCCCAGCCGCAGCAACCGCAUGGAGAUGUCCAUAUUUUACGUCGUCUAUUUUGUGGUCUUCCCUUUCUUCUUCGUCAACAUUUUUGUGGCUCUCAUCAUCAUUACAUUCCAAGAGCAAGGAGACAAAAUGAUGGAGGAGUGCAGUCUGGAGAAGAAUGAGAGGGCCUGUAUUGACUUUGCCAUCAGCGCCAAGCCCCUUACGCGGUACAUGCCCCAGAACCGGCACACCUUCCAGUACCGGGUCUGGCACUUUGUGGUCUCCCCAUCCUUCGAGUACACCAUCAUGGCCAUGAUAGCGUUGAACACCGUGGUGCUGAUGAUGAAGUACUACUCUGCUCCAUACACCUAUGAGCUGGCCCUGAAGUACCUGAACAUCGCAUUCACCAUGGUGUUCUCCUUGGAGUGCGUCCUCAAGAUCAUCGCUUUCGGCUUCCUGAACUAUUUCCGGGACACCUGGAACAUCUUUGACUUCAUCACUGUCAUCGGCAGCAUUACGGAGAUCAUCCUGACAGACACCAAGCUGGUGAACACCAGCAGCUUCAACAUGAGCUUCCUGAAGCUUUUCCGGGCUGCUCGGCUCAUCAAGCUGCUGCGCCAGGGUUACACCAUCCGCAUCCUGCUCUGGACGUUCGUGCAGUCCUUCAAGGCCCUCCCCUACGUCUGCCUCUUGAUCGCCAUGCUUUUCUUCAUCUACGCCAUCAUUGGGAUGCAGGUUUUUGGCAAUAUCAAACUAGAUGAGGAAAGCCACAUUAACCGGCACAACAACUUCCGCAGUUUCCUGGGCUCCCUCAUGCUCCUCUUCAGGAGUGCCACGGGAGAGGCAUGGCAGGAGAUCAUGCUGUCCUGCCUGGAGGGCAAAGGCUGCGAGCCGGACACGACGGCGACGUCCGGGCAGAAUGAGAAUGAGCGUUGCGGCACCGAUCUGGCCUACGUUUACUUUGUCUCCUUCAUCUUCUUCUGCUCUUUCCUGAUGCUCAACCUGUUCGUGGCGGUCAUCAUGGACAAUUUUGAAUACCUGACUCGGGAUUCCUCCAUCCUGGGACCUCACCAUCUAGAUGAGUUUGUCCGGAUCUGGGCAGAGUAUGACAGAGCAGCGUGUGGCCGAAUCCAUUACACUGAGAUGUAUGAAAUGCUGACUCUUAUGUCACCACCGCUAGGCCUCGGCAAGAGAUGUCCUUCCAAAGUGGCCUAUAAGAGACUGGUGCUGAUGAACAUGCCUGUGGCCGAAGACAUGACGGUGCAUUUUACCUCCACCUUGAUGGCGCUGAUACGCACGGCCUUGGACAUCAAAAUUGCCAAAGGCGGUGCAGAUUGGCAGCAGUUAGACUCUGAGCUUCAAAAGGAGAUCCUGACCAUUUGGCCUCACCUGUCCCAGAAGAUGCUUGACCUGUUGGUACCCAUGCCAAAAACCUCUGACCUGACUGUUGGCAAAAUAUAUGCAGCCAUGAUGAUCAUGGAUUACUACAAGCAGAGCAAAGCGAAGAAGCAGCGGCAGCAGCUGGAGGAGCAGAAAAACGCCCCCAUGUUCCAGCGCAUGGAGCCAUCCUCCUUGCCACAGGAAAUCAUCUCAAACGCGAAGGCUCUGCCUUACCUCCAGCAGGACACCCUCUCGGGCCUGAGCAGCCGGAGCGGGUUCCCCUCGCUGAGCCCGCUCUCGCCACAGGAGAUCUUCCAGCUGGCGUGCAUGGAUCCGGCUCACGGGCAGUUCCAGGAGCACCAGUCUCUGGAGCCAGAGGUUAGGGAGUUUCAAAGAGUGCAGCCCUCUAACCGUGGCAACUACCUUCCCGUGGACACUCAGGACCACGCUGUCUCUGGGAGGGCCUCCUCCAUGCCUCGUCUCACUGUGGAUCCCCAGGUGGUGACAGACACCAGCUCGAUGCGGCGAUCGUUUUCUACCAUCCGGGACAAGCGCACCAACAGCUCCUGGCUGGAUGAGUUCUCCAUGGAGCGCAGCAGCGACAACACCUACAAGUCCCGCCGGCGCAGCUACCACUCCUCGCUCCAGCUCUCCGCCCGGCGCCUCAACGCCGACUCGGGCCACCGGUCCGACGGACAUCGCUCAGGCGGCAGGGAGCGGGGCCGAUCCAAAGAGCGCAAGCACUUGCUGUCCCCCGAUAUCUCCCGCUGCAACUCUGAGGAGAGGAGUCCCCAGGCGCAUGAUGAGUCGCCGGAGCGGCGGCGCGAGUCCCGGUCACCCAGCGAGGGCAGGUCGCAGACACCCAACAGGCAGGGAACGGGCUCCCUGAGUGAAAGCUCCAUCCCCUCCAUCUCGGACACCAGCACCCCCCGGCGAGGUCGCCGCCAGCUCCCGCCGGUGCCCCCCAAGCCACGUCCCCUCCUCUCCUACGCCUCCAUGCUGCGGCACACCGGAGAUGGCUCGCCGCCCGCUGAGGAGAGCGAGGGGGGCUCCCCACUCCUCUCCUCCACCUUGGAGCCCAACGCCGCCGGCCUGACCGAGUCUUCCAGCUCCCCAGCGGGGAAGCAGAGCCGCCAAUCCACCCCGCAACGCUACAUCUCGGAGCCCUAUCUGGCCCUGCACGACGACUCGCACGCCUCAGACUGCGGUGAGGAGGAGACGCUCACCUUCGAGGCGGCCGUCGCCACCAGCCUCGGCCGCUCCAACACCAUCGGCUCGGCCCCGCCGCUGCGGCACAGCUGGCAGAUGCCCAACGGGCACUACCGGCGGCGGAGGCGAGGGGCAGGGCAAGGCGUGAUGUGCGGGGCCAGCAUCGACGUGCUCAGCGACACCGAGGAAGACGACAAGUGCUAGAAGCUGCCCCUCCUUUUUCCCCCCAACCCCGGCCCCGUCUCAGCCUCCCUGUCCCGUCCCAUCCCGUCCCGCCGCCGCCGCCCUGCCCCUCUCCAAUGCAUGCUCUUCGCCACGCCUGGGAAUGAAACCAAACCAAAACCAAAUGCCAGGGGAAAAGGAGAAAACCAAACUGACCGGAACAUGGAGGGGGAAAGAAAAAAGGAGGGGGGGGGGAAAGGAAAAAAAAAAAGAAAAGAAAAGAAAAGAAAAAGAAAAAAAAAAGUCUUUGUGCAAAAAAAAAAUUAAAAUCUGUCGACUUUCAUUUAUUACUAUCACCUUUUUUUUUUCUGCACAGAGAAGCAUUUGAUGGGUGGCGGAGUGGCCCGUGGGGUGUGCGUGCUGGGGGCCAAAUGAGAGCCCCCCCCCCGGCCGCAGCCCCGCUCCCUGCCCCAAGCGGGACCCCCCGGGAAGGCUCAUCCCGAUGGUUUUCCGCUCCCCAAGGCCGGAGAGUCCCAGCAAGAGGGGGUACCAGGGGCCCCCUUUGCUCUGUCGCUCGGGCUCGUGCUGCUGUGGCUUUGAAUUUCCCUCCCCCAAGGGUCUCAUCCAGCCUGGAGAAGGGGUGAGGUGCGGUGGCGGAGUGCAGGGGGACCGAGGGGUCGCGGUGCACCAGGUGGACCGGAGCGGCUCUGCCUGCCAGCGGUGGCGGGGGGGGAAAAAGAAGCCGACUGGUUUGUACUGGGGGCAGGCGGGAGAAGGGCUGGGGCUGGGGUGGGGUGGGGGCUCAGUGCUGCCAAAUGUAUGCUGCCUCCCACCGACAUAUAUUUAUUUAUAUACGGAGAACUCUAGGUGUGCCUGUGCGUGUAUAUACGGUAUGUGUGUGUAUAUAUAUUUAUAUGCUGUAUAUAUAAAGAUAUACACAUACAUGGAUUUGUUUUAGUCAUCUGACAAUGCUGGGGAGCCCCCUGGGGUUUUUUACUGCCCGCACCCCUCUUUGGCGGGGGCAGGACCAAGCCUCCCCGGGGGGCUGCUGUGGCCCGUCGCUGUAGCAGAGCGUUGAGAACGUCACCCUGCUCCCCUCGCCCCCGUCCCAGGCGUUUCCGGCGGUGGGAAUUGCAUUUGCUCCGUCAGAGGUGGCCGUGGCGGCGGGGGGGGGGGUUCGUCGGGCAGCUCUGCUGCCAGCUGUGCCGUGCCGUCCCUGCGGGAGUGAGUGGGAUGCCCAAGGGACAAGGACGGGGCUGUCCCUGGAGGUAUGGCUUGCUUGGCGCCAGCGGUGCCAAGGGGUGAUGGCAAACCUCUCAGAGGCCUCUUUGCUGUGUUUUCCCAGGAAAAGAAGAUUCCGGUGUCCGCAGGGGAGAGAAGACGUUGUGCGUGCGUGACGGUACCCUAAGAUCUGUCCUCCCGGCAGAGGAGCCCGGCUUCGGCACCUCCCCUGCCUCGGUAUCCCCUGCAGCCAUGGCCUCUGACCACUUAUGAGGCCUAGCACCCCCUUUGGAGGGGGGGCUGCCAUGGGGGCAGCUGGGUUUGCAAACCCCACGGCCCCGGCGUGGGGGCAGGUGGGUGUCUGAGAGGGUUCUGGGAGAAGAGCGUGGUCCGGAGUGCGAGCAGGGUGGCUCGCACCUCCUGCAAAUACUGAAAAUGCAGUACAGGGCCGCCUUCUAGUGCCGGUCAUUAAGUAAUCUGGUAAUUAUGUGCAGUCAGCUCUAAUGAUCUGCGCGCCCCCUUGGCCGUGGGUGCAACGCUUUGCCUGCCAGCCUGGGGUGAUGCUGGUGGCCUUGUGGUGAUGGGUGGCUCACCCUGGCGAUUGCCGGCGUGUUUCUGCUGUGAGUCGUGUCCAUCGUCAGCCCUGAGCGUGGUCCUGGGGAGCCGGAGGGUGCUGUGUGCCUUUGGAGCCUCAGGGAAGGGCUUGCUCCACGGGCUGGAGUUCUGGUUGAUGUGGUUGGACCAGGCACGGCCACGUGCUGUGGAGAUGGGACGUGGCCUUCAGCCCGCUGGGCUGGGCAGGGGGAAGCGGUGCAGCCCUCGUCCUGCCCUUCCUCCUGCCCGCGGUUUCGCUCUGCUGCGAGUUGUUGUGGUUCGGGUCCCUUGGGGCUGUUCUCCAGGCUCUCAGGCUUUGCUUUGGUCCUGGAUAACCCGUGUCUUCUCCUGACCAAAAGAUGCUAUGGGCACAAACUGCCCUGCUCCCGCAUGCGCGGAUCAGCCCCCUGCCCCGAUCGCUUUGUGAGCUCCUCCCCAGGGGAGCUCUGCUUUGCAAGAAGCAAAUCCCACCAGCUCCAAAGGCUGCCCACUCCGUGACUCUUUGGGCAUGGACCCAAACCCCUCUUUCUAAUGGUCAAACUGCCCUCUGCGCACCCAAGGAGCAGGUUUCGCUUAUGGGGCCAAAAAACCUACUGCCUUGAUUGGUCCCUGCCGGUGGGUGGCACCUCUGCUGUCCCUGCUCGCCCCGUGCAUCCUGAACAGAUACUUCCAGCUGCCAGAGGAUCCAAAAAUUCUCCAGGAAGCCCUCGCCAUCGCUCUGGCUCAGCUCCUGCAUCCCCCAUCUUGGUGCUUGGGGGCAAGCUGCGCCCCAUGCGGCCGUGGGGAAGGUCCCUAGUGCUGGCUGAUGGCAAGGGCAUCUCCUGUCCCCUUCUGGGCAUCGCCCGUCACCUUCCAGCCAUCCAUGAGCAGCUCGUGGCUUCAACCUGAAGCUGCUGGAGCGUUGCUCCCCGUGCCGGAGUUUGGGGGAAGGUGGGUCUGAUGGGCAGCAUGGGACCAUGUGGGGGCUGGGGCCAGGGAUGCGGUGGUGCUGGGGGCCGGGGGAGGCGAUGCCAUACAAGCUCUAAAAAUAGGUGCUGGCAUCGUCUCCUUCUAAAUGCAGAAAGGUGUCUGACAAUACGCCGGGUUCUGAGUAACAGCCCGUGGGGAGGGGAGGAGGCGGCUUUUUGUGUCUGCGCCUGUUGGGUGGGAGGAAGGGAUGCUCUCGAAGAGGUGGGGGCCGGGGCGGGGGGCGGGUAGGGGGCACACUUCAUGCAGAUUUCAAGCUUUGGGCAUGUUUCUUUCCCUGGCUGCGGAAUGGGGCCAGCCGGCGGUGCGUGGUAAUGCUCUGCAGUGGCGGCGGGGGCUGGGGCAGAGCCCCUCGGGGCGCACCCGCAGGUGGCGGUGGGCUGCGGCGUCCAAAUCUGAGCUUUUUGGCAUGUAAGACCUGUGGUUUCCUAACGUACAGAAACCGUAUGAAGCAAACCAGAGUCCCUUCCAUCUCAGAAGGGGGCCCAAAAAUGGCCUGCUCCUGUCUCUCCUGCUAAUAGCCGCAAUCCUGCUCCCGCAGUGGGAGCUCAGGCAGGGACCUGCGGGGACAAGGUGGCACCUCCAAAGCAUGUCUCUGAAACCAAAAACAACCCCCAAGAGAACCGUGGAAAAGACUGCGCCGAGGGGGAAGGAAAAGCAGCCCCAAGGCGCCGUUGCAGCCCGCGUCGCACUUUUCAAGGCGCUGGACUCACUUUGCUGCUGUAUGAUCUCUUGUCUGUGGCUUUUCAGACAUCUCCUUCACCUCCUGGACAGUGGGGAUCUGCCACUGCGCUCACCGUUAGGUGGCUGCUGGCCAUGCUUGACCAUGGGAGGGAGGAUGAGGAAGCCGGGGGAACGGGUUUCAACCUCUGCCUGCACAGGACAAGCCCCUGCCCAGGCAGGAAUUCACCGGUAGCAUGCAACUGGUUCCCAGCUUGGUGCUGGGACUGGGCUCAGAGCCCUGCAAAGCUCCUGGGGAGACGGCGGAGGGCGUGAGGGGAGAUGAGGCAGCCCCGGAGCACAGAGCCCCGCUGUCCCCUCCGGGCUGGUUGUCCCAGCCCCAUCCUCCUGUCCCCCUGCGAGGCCUCGGAGGGCAGAGCCCCCCUCCCGGUGCGGGGCUGGCGGCUCCUGGGGCUGAGGGAGGGUGCGUGUGAGAUGCUCUGCCUUUAUCCCCCAGGCACUGGGGCGGAAUGUUGUAACGUAACAUGCUCGUUCGGACCCAGACGGGGAACCGAACCGAUGGACGGCGAUGUACAACUUCAAUGUUUUUUGUCAAAA